AUCUUUCGCCGAGAGCGCAACACGCAGCACGCAACGAGAAUCGAGUGGCAAACAGUUAGCUGUGUUUUAUUUGUGUGUGUGUGUGUCUGUGUGCGUGCGUUAGCAUUACAUUGAAUUCUCGUUACGCCAAAUAUUGGAAUAACAAUAAAACAACAAAAAAUAAGCAAAAUUAAAAAAAUAAACAUUCAUUACGUGCUGAUUCCUGAAGCGAAUAAUCAGAAAGCAUACCGUACACUCACGACUUGUAAUAACUAUUCGAAUUCGUAAAACAAAAACACACGAAAAGUAAAAUAAGGAAAAGAGCGCCAAACAAUGUCGAAGAACAACGGUAAAAAUGAAAUAUACGAAAAUCAAUUUCCGCAACCGGCUAAGAAGAAAACCAUCUCGGAGAUGAUCUAUGAUCCAAGCAAUGGCACUAUUUUCGGUCGCACCAGCAAAAGUUGGGGUCAACUUUUCGUGUUCUAUAUGAUAUUCUAUAUCGUCCUCACCAUAUUGUUUACCAUAUGCAUGCAGGUUAUGUUGUCCACUGUGGACAAUCACAAGCCCAAAUGGCAGCUGGACCAAUCUCUCAUUGGCACCAAUCCCGGCCUGGGCUUUCGACCACUGAGCGAGCAGACCGAGCGUGGCUCUGUGAUUAGAUUCAAUGUAAAGAAGCCGGCCGAGAGCGAUUAUUGGAUUGAAUUGAUAGAUGAUUUCUUAAAGGAUUAUAAUCACACUGAGGGCCGUCAGAUGAAACAUUGCGAUUUCAAGCAAACCCACAAUCCGAACGACGUUUGCGUCGUGAAUAUUGAGAGCUUUGGGCCGUGCUCAUCGGCGAAUAGUUAUGGCUAUAAGACGGCCGAACCUUGCAUCUUUCUGAAGCUGAACAAGAUUUUUGGAUGGAUGCCAGAAGUCUACGAAAGCCCCAUCAACGAGAUGCCCUCCAAUCUUGUAAAUGUCAUCAACAAUACGGCUGCUGAGGAGCGUCAACAAAUCUGGGUCUCAUGCAACGGACACCUUGGCAAGGAUAAGGAGAAUUUCCAGAAUAUCGCCUAUUAUCCCAGCCAAGGCUUCCCCAUCUAUUACUAUCCCUACCUCAAUCAGCCCGGCUACUUGAGCCCCAUUGUUGCUGUGCAAAUUAAGUCUCCGCCAAUAGGCUCCAUGCUGGAUGUGGAAUGUCGGGCAUGGGCUAAUAAUAUAAUUUAUAGCGGUAGCUUUCGCGAUCGCAUGGGUUCGGUUACUUUCCAGGUAUUGAUUGACUAA